AGAGAGAUUGAGAGAGAGAGAGAGAGAGAGAGAGAGAGCCUGGUGCAUUCAGUAGCCGAGAGAAAAUGCGUCUGCUUUUGAUUUGACCGAACGCUUUUUGGAAGAGGACGUUUUUUCCGUUCAAGACGCGUAAAUUAUGUGGUUCCGCGCAGGUGCUGCUGCUGCGACCUUAUAGUUGAAUUAUAUAAAAAGAUUUAGGUGACUGCCUGCAUUGAAUGCGACUUCUAAAGUGUAAUGUGCGACGUUUAGGAAAGAUAAGUGAAUAGAAAAUGUACCGGGCGAUGUAGACGCGGUGUGAAGGAGAUAAAACAUCCAGAAUUGACUGUUUUUUUCUUUUAUUAAGUCCAUCAUGGAGGUGCAAACAGCGCUCACGUGUGUUUUCUUCAGCUUGCUCUUGUGUUCAGGGGACGCUCAGGACUCGGCACCUGAUUCAGUUCUGAACUGCUGCAAGGGUGAUGUCCUUUUCCUCCUGGACUCCUCAGGAAGUGUGGCCUCCUAUGAGUUCUACCACAUGAGGGACUUCCUGUCUGAACUCCUUUUGCCUUUCUCUUUGGGGCCAGACCAGGUGAGGGUGGGGCUGCUGCAGGUGGGGUCCGAGCCCCACCUUGAGUUCGGUUUUGACACCUACGACUCCCAAAAAGGACUGCAGGAGGCUCUGAAGAGGACUAGACAGCUAAAGGGUGAUACCAACACGGUGGACGCUCUACUAAUGGCCCAGGAUCAGGUUUUAAAACAAGGUGUACCUGGAGGGGCAAGACCAGAUCUGCCCAGGGUUUUGGUUUGGCUCACGGAUGGAGUAGAUCCCGGUGCAGUGCAGGAGCCAAUGGCGAGACUGCGAGAAGAAGGUGUGGCUGUACUGGUGGUUUCCACCGGUCACGGGAACUACCAGGUGCUGAGAGACGUUGUGAGCCCACCUGCCGAGGAGCACCUGUUCUUUGUGGAUAUUGACGACAUAAGCAUCAUCUCUGAAGACUUGAGGAACGCGAUUAUAGAGAUUAUUCGUGCCAAGAGGUUACAGGUGAAGUCGGUCACCACUAAUUCUGCCCUGCUGGAAUGGAGGCCAAUGUUGGCUGGCACCGGCUACUAUGAUAUCCAAUUUGGGCCCAUCCGAACAGAAGGAGCUGGAGGGCCAGGGGGUUCAGGAACCAGCCCUGGGACUGGCAUGGAACCUUUUAAGAGGAUAACUCGGCCUGGAGAUGCCAGCUCGGCUCAGCUGAUUGGCCUUCAUCCAGACACCACGUAUAAAGUCCUGCUCACCCCGAAGGCUAACCUGGAGUUCCUAAACACGCUUACGGCUACCUUUACCACUCAACCAGUCAAUCCGCCCCAGCCAGAGGUCCAGACCCUUUCGACAGUCACUGUGUCUGAGUCGACCACUAAUAGUGUGCGGGUGAGCUGGGGUCCGCUGCAGCCUAACCUCAUUCAGGGUUACCAGAUUGAGUAUUCAGCACUUCCUACCGGACAGCUCCGAGUCAUCAGUGUCAGUAACCUGCAGAACUCUACCGUCCUGCCCAAUCUCUAUCCUGACUCUCAGUACCUGGUCACUGUGAGCGCAAAACACUUCUCCGGCAAAGAGAGAGCCAUGUCUGUGAAAGCCUGUACACAGGAGGUGUUGCCCGCUCUAUCUGAUCUUCAGCUGACCACAGUGGGCAAUGAGUCAGUGCAGCUGCGGUGGAAGGGGAGCGCUGACGGCCUCCGUGGUUACUGGGUCACAUGGGAGCUAGGUCAUAGUCAGCGCUCUACCCUGUACUUACCACCCAACCUACUGUCCACCACCCUCAAUCACGUGCCCCCCAGCGCCCGGGUCUGCGUCUCUCCGGUGUACCGCACCACUCGAGGGGAGGGUCUCUGCUGCACUGCUUAGUUCAUCUUAGCUGCAUUUUCCUGGAACCGUUGAGCGGUGCUCUGCCAAACACGAAACAUAGAGGGACGAACAACAUGUAAAACUUUCCUCAAAUGGAAAGAUGGGAGGAAAAGGGAGUCCAUGACACUGUAACUGUCUGAACACCCAUAGAUGGGGAUCUUAAAACACACCAACACAACAUGCACUGAAUACUGAUACACAAUGAUACACUUAUAUUCAACAAAGACUAAACGAGUCUGAACUCAAAACUGACCAUUGGAAGAAUCAUCCUACUUUUAAAGGAAUGUACUGGGUUCAAAACAUGGUCAGCUCUAUCCACAGCAUGUGUGGCAUGCAGUCGAUUACUGCAGAAAAUAAUUAUGUCUCAUCCCUAAGUUGACAAACACAAAAAAUUGCAUUUACAGUAAUGCAGUUACAAUGGAAGUCUAUGGGGCAAGUGUACCGGUGGGUUUAAAAGCAAAAAAUGCACAGCUUGUAUUAAUUUUUCGGUAAUAAAAUGUGUUUUAUUUAAGCUGCAAAGUCUAAAUUGUCCUUUUAGGGAUGGGUCUAUAUUUCUAGGUGGAUAAACAGAAUUAAAUGAUCAUAAUAGGAGUUAUAUUGGAUGUAACUUUACACAGACAAGGUAUAUUACCGAUUUAAUCCAGUUCAGUAUUUUGCCCCAUAGACUUUCAUUGUAAGUGCAUCACAGCAAAAAACGAUUUUUGGUUGUUUUUACUAACUGUGGGGCAAAAUGAUUUUCUAUGUUAGUCAACAGCAUGCCACAGGUGCUUAACUUACAUAUAAACUUCCCUAAAACAUUCAUUUAAAAUGCCACUAGAAUGUUUAUGCAUAAGAUAUUUGAUUAAACGUAUUAAGAAUUAGGGCACUUAAGUAAUAGUUUGUAAAUAUCUUACAUAAUUAUGCUUUUAGUUUGAGUGCUAAACUAUGAGACAUAUUUGGAGAUUGUAUUUUCCAGAUUUCUCCAGUUUUAUAUCUUUGAAAAGGGAACAACAAGACAUUUUUUUAUGGAAAUCUGAACUACUUUUGUCACUUGUUUUCUUUAAGGUCAGUAUAUAGCAUUUAAACCUGCUUAAGUUGCACUCUUCACCAUAUCUGCACAUUUUCUCAGUGGUGAAACCCUGGAAAUCUGGCAUGGACCCUGAUGAUGGUGGUUAGAGUAUUAAGAUAUUGCAGAUGUUUUGUGGCCAUGGGUCAUUAUUGGUUUGUUUUAAGAACAUUGACUUCGAGUAGCCUUAACUUUUUCCUGAGCAUGCAUCGAUUGCAUUGAUCUUUUAAUGUUUUUCUGGGAGAAAUAUGUACGCAGGCCAUGUUACAGGCAGGAUCACGGACUUAAAAUGAUGUUUUGUGUGGAUAGAUUAUCUCUAUACAGGUGUUUAAAUGUGUUAAACAUUUUCUACAUUAUUCCAUCCAAAACAAACCAAAGAAAAAAGCUUUUUCAAGCAUAAUUCAGGAUCAUAGAGGAAUGCAAGAAUUUAGGCCAUUUUUUAAAGCUAUUCAUAACAUUUCAGAUGAUCUGUCUUUAUUUGUUUUGCAUCAUAAUGGCAAGUUCAGCUUUUUGCAUUAUGAAAUGGUGCUUGUUCAUUCCCAGCUUGGGUGCACGUCUUACAAAUCACUGCUUUUAAAAUGUCGUUUUUAAAUAAAUCAUUUUAAAUUGUG